CUCUUUUGCAUACGAUUAAAUUUGAUUAGAAAUAAAUUUUCGAUCAAUUGAGAUUAACCUCAGAUUUUGCGAUCGGCGAAGUGAAUCUCUUUAAUGGGAGACAGUGGGAGUACCGAUCUGGAUGUGAAAGGGCUCAGUCUCAUCGAUUUCUCGUCUGAGAACGAUAGUCUCAUCGUUACUUCUUCGUCUGCUACCAUCACUGGUCUCAACGACGAUCAAUCUUCAGAAACUCAGAAUGGGCCCAGAAGUUUUGAGCUGUUGGGACCCGUGGAUGCUGACAAGGAAGUAGAGGUGGCCCACAUGAGUGGGCCGAGUGAAGAAUUGCCUCAACUGCCUGAAACAUUGGGACCAGAAAGAACAAGCAAAAUUGGCAAGUGUAAUUUGCGCAAAAGUUUGGCCUGGGAUAGUGCCUUCUUUACAAGUGCAGGAGUAUUAGAUCCUGAGGAGUUGUCAGGCAUGAUUGAAGGAGCUGAGAAGCGUAAAAAACACAUGCUACCUGGAAUUGAAGAGGAAAUAAGUAGAUCUGCUGAUUCAAUUUCUACAUUAGCAAGUGAUACUCUGACACUAGAAAGCCCUGAGGGUGAUUUGUUUGAGGACAUAAGAGCCUCAAUCCAGAAGUCACAUAAAGCAACCAAUGUGGCAACUUCAAGCAGCAAGGAAGCUUCUGCAGAGACAGAUUCACAACCUUUCAGUUGUAAGUAUUUUGGUUCUUGUUCCUUGCAGAAAGACGAGGACAUGUCUCUUUAUAUUUUCUGCCUCAGCACGCCAGUAGGGUGUGUACAAAGGCNAUUCACGCAGCAAGGAAGCUUCUGCAGAGACAGAUUCACAACCUUUCAGUUGUAA